AUGGCACCAUCUUCGCCUCCUGAUAGCACCGAGGCUGCUCUCUUAGCCGACAUCGAGCUGCAGAAAAUCCUCUGCGAGUCCCUGAAGGGCACCGUAAACGAUACCCCCGAACAGAGAGCGGAAUUGAGAGCCACCAGCGAAGACCUUACGCGCAAGCUAAAGAAUCACCAGUCAACUCUACAAAAAGCUAGGAAGCGAACCUAUAGCGCCUAUAUCGGCCCCGCCUCAGCGCCUCAACCUGAUGCGAACAAGGCGCUCCGUACUCUUCCGGACCCUUCCUUGAACGCGUUCGACGGGAUACGCCCGCUGAGUGUCACUCAGAACGAGUGGAUACAACGUCAGGGGGAUGAGUUCGAGCGGUUUCGCGGCAUGAAACGACGUGAUGCAGAAGAUGCCGCCGUAGCGCGGCGACUGGAUAAGGAGCUUAACCCGCCCCUUACGCCGUCUUCGCUAUCGUCCUCGGAUUUAUCGAGAGCCCGCAACCCAAUUAAGUCCGAAUCACCCACUACGCAAGGGUCCGACGACUGGAUGGCUGAGCUUUACCAACCAUCAACCCGCCUAGCCAAUGAGGUCGACAAAUCCCACAGAGACGUGCCCGGUUCUGUCGCAGACCCCCUGCAAGCACUAUUCGGCGCCAAUCUUUCUUGCCUGACCUCCUUCUCAGCUCUCGCCGGCGAUAAUUCUGGCCACUCCGGAGCUCAGAAUGCCCGUAAGGAAGCGCUUUGCCAACACGAGCAACCAGAGAAGCCCGCUAGUCUUGAAUUUACCGAUUACGCCGGUGGCUUUUACGGCUUCUCGUCAGGUUCCGUGCUACCCGAAACUCCGGAAUUUGAAACCUGGAAUUCUCAGUCGGGAUGGAUUCCGACUAUGGAGCCCAGUUAUGGACCUCACCCGACAACGGCUUGGGGGCCACGUGGGAACUCGGGUAGCCUAACGGAUAUCAUUAAGCGCACUAAUGGAUAUGACUAUACGAACAGUGUUGACGGAGAAGGAAAUCCGCUUCCGCGGUGGUUGGCGGCUUAUGAGAACUGCGAUACCGGUGCAUUCGGUAAUGGGAAGGGUCCCGCUGAAGAUAAAGACCAGAUCAGAAAUUUGUUAUCGAAUAUCAAGCAAGACACGAGUACCUUUGAGCAAGGCCCAGAUAACACACCGGAAUCCUUCCGAUAUCCCCUUUACAAGCACCAGCAAGUGGCGCUCAGGUGGAUGGAGAAUAUGGAACUCGAUGAGAACAAGAGAGGUGGGAUCCUGGCUGACGAUAUGGGGCUGGGCAAGACUCUUUCGACUUUAGCUCUGAUGACCAAUCUCAUCGUGGCUCCCCUCUCCUUGCUUCGGCAGUGGAAUCGCGAGAUCGAGCAGAAGCUCAAGCCGGGACGGGGCCUAUCGGUUUUCAUAUUACACGGGAAAAAGACCGAGUUCGACCAACUUCGAUGUUAUGACGUAGUUUUGACAACGUACGGGACCCUCUCGUCGCAGUUCGGCAAGAUGGAGGCUUACAUCAGAAACGCCGAGAAGAACGACAACCCUGUCGAUAAUGGCCACCUAUCUGCCCUCUUCCCGUUGGUUGGUCCCCGGAGCUUCUUCUAUCGCAUCAUUUUUGAUGAAGCACAGUUCAUCAAGAAUUACAAUACGAAGACGGCGAAAGCAGCUAGCCAUCUACAGGGAAAAUAUCGCUGGUGCCUAUCCGGCACACCGAUGAUGAACGGCCCCAAGGAGUUGGCUUCCUUGGUCCAUUUCCUCAGGAUCAAGCCAUACUGUGAUCUUGACAUCUUCCAUAGAAAAGGCUGGAAUGGAUCUAGCAGAAAUCUUGCGAUGCAGAAGCUGCAAGCUCUUCUGACCGCCAUCAUGCUCCGACGAACCAAAACGUCAAAAAUUGAUGGCAAGCCUAUCAUAGAGCUAAAAGAGAAGCUGGAAGUUGUUGAUCACGUCGUUUUCGACGAAGACGAACGACAAUAUUAUCAAUCCCUGGAGAAGAAUUCUCGUGUCGAAUUCAGUAAGUACCUCGCAGCCGGAACCAUUGGGAGGCAUUAUGCCCAGGUGCUUGUCCUUCUGCUUCGGCUACGGCAGGCUUGCUGUCAUCCAUACCUCCAUAUUACCGACCUCGAGCUCGUCAAUCCAGGGGCUUCGGAGGGCGCGUUGGUCGAGCUGGCAAAGGCCCUGGAACCAGACGUGAUUCGGCGCCUCAAGGAAGUCGAGGCCUUCGAUUGCCCUAUCUGUCUCGACGGGGUUGAAAGCCCAUCGAUAAUGUUUCCCUGCGGUCAUUACAUCUGUUCAGCAUGCCUCGCAGGACUCGUUGAGAACCUAGACCAGCAGAACAUCCGAGCAGGUCAAGACCAUGGAAGCAUGCAAUGCCCUACAUGCCGCGGGAAUGUAGACACAGCCAAGGUCAUAAACUACGACAUCUUCAAGAAGGUCCACAUGCCUGAAACGGUAGAGGUGGAAGAAGAAGACGAGGACGAGUUCGCGAGCGAUUCCGACGAUAGCACCGGGUACUCCAGUUCCGUAGAUGACGGAGAUGACGUUGACGAGCGUGGAAACCUGGCAGGCUUCGUCGUUGAUGAUAGUGACGAUGAUGUCGCCCCAGCGAGACGGAAGCCGGAGUGCGGAAAUAGAAAGAAGGGGGCUGUUUCUAAGCCCGAGUCCAAGUCUCGUCCUAAGCGUAAGAAGGACGAAGAGGUCCAGCCACAUAUGCUUAAGCAGUUGCGCAAGAACGCGUACAAGAACCACCGGGCACAUAAGCGAUAUAUGCGCUACUUGCGCCAGAUUUGGCUCCCGUCGGCUAAGGUUACCAAGUGUUGCGAUCUCAUCUCUGCCGUUCAGAAGACUUCAGGCGAGAAGAUCAUAGUUUUUUCUCAAUGGACGAUUCUCCUCGACCUUCUCGAGAUAGCUAUCAAAGAUCAGCUUAAACUCGGUCUUUGCCGAUACGACGGGAGCAUGUCAGCUACUCAGCGUGACGAUGCUGCUCGCAAGUUUACGGAGGAUAGGGGAACUAAGGUCAUCCUAGUAUCGCUCAAAGCCGGUAACGCGGGCCUCAAUCUCACCGCUGCGUCCCAGGUCAUCAUUAUGGAUCCUUUCUGGAACCCCUACAUCGAGAUGCAAGCCAUCGACCGCACAUAUCGAAUCGGUCAACAACGAAACGUCACAGUUCACCGGAUUCUCACACAGGAGACGGUGGAGGAUCGCAUUGUGGAAAUUCAGGAAAGGAAGCGCACGCUGGUAGAUUCGGCCUUGGACGAAAAGGCAGCAAAGGAUAUUGGCCGCCUGAGCGGAAACGACCUCGCGUAUCUCUUCGGCGCCCAUCCCGACAACCAUUAA